CUAGCCGAGGACUUCUCCAACUCCUCAGCUGAACCCGUUGUGCGAACUCUAACCCCAGACUAUCAGCCGGCCACCACAGCUGUCACAGUCCAGGAAGUCAGUCCCUGGGAUAUUGCACUUUGCGUAACUGGGACACUCAUCUCCUGCGAGAAUGCCCUGGUUAUUGCCGUGUUGUUCUACACCCCAACGCUCCGCGCUCCAAUGUUCAUCUUGAUUGGAUCAUUGGCUGUGGCAGAUCUUCUGGCCGGCCUGGGCCUCAUCUUGAACUUCAUCUUCAUAUAUUUGAUUGACAGCUCAGUGGAGUUUGUGACGUUGUUGUCAGUUGUAAUCCUCAUUUCAGCUUUCUCGGCGUCCGUCCUCAACAUCCUUGCUAUUACAGUUGACCGAUACCUGUCGCUGUACAACGCCUUGACGUACCACACUGAACGGACAGUCACCUUCACCUACGUGAUGGUGGUAUUUAUCUGGGUGUCGUGCCUCACGCUUGGGUUGCUGCCAGCACUCGGUUGGAACUGCCUGAAAGAUGAGUCCACAUGCAGCAUCUGCUGGCCCGUCACCAAAAACAAUGCCGUGGCGCUUGCCGUCACCUUCCUCUUAGUCUUUGCCCUGAUGAUGCAGCUUUACCUUCAAAUCUGCAAGAUCGCAUUCCGCCAUGCGCAGCAAAUUGCAGUGCAGCACCAAUUUGUGGCCAUUUCCACCACCAAAGGAGUCUCCACACUGUCGGCUAUUCUGUGUGCCUUUGGGGCGUGCUGGCUGCCGUUUGCCAUGUACUCCAUUGUGGCCGAUUCUAGCUAUCCCGUUAUAUACACUUACGCUACGGUCCUCCCAGCCACCUGUUGCUCCGUGAUCAACCCCAUCAUCUAUGCUUUCCGAAACCCGGACAUCCAGAAGUCACUGUGGAUGGCUUGUUGUGGGUGCGUUCCAUCCAACCUCUCUCUUAGACCCAGGACCUCCAGUGAUGUGUAGCAGGGAAGGUUGGUGUCUGUUUGGCAUGACGCUAGAAGCAGAGUCAGGUUUUAAGGAAGGCAAAGACAGAACCGGGAACAAGGGUCGCGAGGAAACGGGUUGAAGGUUGGGGUUCUCCUUCUUAUGUCAGGUCUACAAGGCUGAUGAUGAACCCUGAGCUGGUCACAGAGUGGCACUAGCAGAUACAUGUGAACAGGACAGCUUAUAGCUGAAAAAGAUAGAGCUAAUCAAGAAAAAUAACUGUCCUGUGUGUAGCAUGGAGAUGGAGAUGUCAUAGUGGUGGUGGUGGGAAACCAACUGCAAAAACACAAUUCAAGGUAUCUUCAAAGUGGAUGUAGGAGUUUCAUAGGAGAGUUUCAAGUGACUUCUCCAACUCUCAUCCUCUGGGGUGAGAGAACUGAGGUGUACUUCUUAAGAGUAGCAUAAAUGUGAAGGCGAAAUUUAGGAAGAGAAAUUGUAAAUCUCCAGAGGACCUGAGUCUGGGCAGCACUGGAUGGUUAUGCAAUUAGAAGAAGUGAAGCAGUCUUAAAAUACUGUUUGUGUUUUCACUGAUGUGUUUGAAAAUAAGUGGUAUAUGGAUACAAACACAAUGAGCUAAAUAUACAAAAUGAAUGACCUUCAGCAUUCUCAGUGAGCUAUCUCUGUAGUCUUCUCCUGAUGAAUAAAAAAGAACAUUGUAACAGCCAUGCUCCCUUUAUCUGAUGCAGAUUAAGUCGUUAUUAUUAAAACCCGUAAGAAGAAAGCAACAAUAAUCUACUCCGAGAGUGCUUAUCAUGAUGUUGCCACCAAGGCCAUUAUGAAUUUUCCCAAUGCCAAAAGCACAAUUGUCAUUUUGUCACAUCACAUCCAACACCAAUCCUGUUUUCAAAACCCAAAACACAUUUUCCAGACCCUUAAAGCAUAGUUAACCCGUGAUAAUUUACAAAACUUAGGCAGGGUUUUCCAUAUUUAGGCAGGCUUGUGUUGUUUUCUGUGCUCGGCGUUGGAGAAAAAUGGGUUUCCCAGCCUUCUGCUGGCUGUGACUGUGAAGCAGAGAGCUGAAUUCAGCACCAAGGACAGCUUCACUGCAGAACGCUGCUACCCUGGGAAUGCUCGCUGCUGUGUGUGUUUGUGUGUGUGUGUGUGUGUGUUUGUGGGUAGAAAGUAGGCUAUGCUGUUCUCUUCACCAUCUUGAUAGGAAAAGUAAGAUGGGCUUUGUCAUGCAUCUGUGAUGGUCAAAUGAGCCUAAUUCAGUUCAAUAACAAACAGAACCACAAUACAGAUGAAAUUACUUUGUUGUUUGUAAGAGUGCAAUGGGUUGAAAUCCAUUUUCUUGUUUCUGCUUGGAAGCAAUAUUACCUAGAAACAUUUUUGAUUUGUGUCAAGAUUCCAAGAGAAACUCAAACUAAUGCCAAGACCUGCCUCUGAAAGAAAAGCAUUUAUUUGAGGUCUGAUAGUAUGACCACAUCCUUAACUGGCAGCAAAAAUGAUGUCUUAGGAAAGCAAUGUAUAGGCCCAUGAGUAAAACAUGGCACAAGCAGGGAGAAACUAGUGGAUGGCCGCAGUGUUUAUCAGCAUCUACGUAACACCAGUAAAACUGGGCACCUCUAAAUUUAGAGACGACAUUCCAGCUUCCCUGCUCAAUUGAUUAUGCAGUACAUUAGCCAAGCUGACCGCAAUCUAUGCUGAAAAUGUAAUUUUUUUGUGAGAAGUGGUUUGGCUGGACACAGUCUGUUGAAGCUAUGGUUGCUGUGUAAAACUAAACCGCGAAAGCAACCAGGGAGUUUGUACUUUAAUGCUAAAAACAAUUCCAUGUUCUUUUAAUGCUGGGACUGUGGCAUAAACCGACUGAAGGUUAAGGGACACAUACAUGUAUAUUUUAGCUGUAAACUGAAGCAUUCCUCUUGUCUGAAUUCUUCUGGGUUGUGCCAUAUGCCUUCACUUUUAAUUCCCUUACUUGUAGCCAGUCAACAGCAGCUGGACUUUUCCUUCACACACAUAAACACACUCUCGCCCUACCUUAAAAAAGCCGUGCAGCUCUGCCCUGGGGCCCGUCUGGAGGCUCGGCGGGUUAAUGAGAAGCAAGAGAGCCGAGGUGACGCAGCGUGAAAUAGAAACGCCAGACGAGACGUGCUUUAAUGGAACCUCAGGUCACAUCUACCAUAUACACCCGUCAGGAUAGAGUUAUUUCCUGCUGAAAAGGCCUCAUGUAAGUUAAAUCCAGCUAAUGCUAUUAACAUCUUUGCACUAGGGAGCUGGCCUGUUAUUCAGAGGAUGAAGUGGAUGCUGUGAGAAUGAGUUAGAGGGACAAUUAUUUCCAACCUUUAUCUGAAUUUAAAUGAUCUUUAGAGAUAGUUUUCAUUCUCAUGUUUCAUUGCAAAACCGCAGAGAGAGUUAACACCACUAGGCUAUUGGCAUGUGGCUAAAAUAUGUGUGUGGGAGGUGUAUUGGCUUUGGGAAAAUCGCAUAUGGAGAUUGUAUGAGCUGUAGGUUCAAACUGGAAGAGUAAGACUCAUCACAAAAAGAAAGCAUAGAGGUUGCUUUGGCAACAAGAUAUAUAUUGGUUCAAAUUCCCUGGCUUUCUCCCACAUAAGUCACAAUAACGGAUGAACGUAAAGAGCAUCGUAUUGAAAAUGGUGACGAGGACAAACAGGAUAUUUAUUUUCUCUACUGUAAUUACAAUUUAUAGUAGAAAUUGUUUUCUACUUAACUUCGCCGGGGAAAAGAAUCAGUCACUUUGUCUUGUUGACAGCCGCUUAUGUUUCUGUCAAAUAUUGACAUUUAAGAACUCAGGUAUUUUGGUUUUGACCUCUUUGGCACAAAAAAAUUGAAGAAUGUCCAACUGCUCAUUGUUGUGUUCCAAUAGCCACAAUUGACGAGUGAGAGGAUAAGAGAAGCGGUCGCAUUUGAAUGAUUUGCUGAAUAGCUCAGAGUAAAUACUCCAAAGUGAAUAAUAAUAACAAUAAUAAAUAUAAUUUAGUAAAUAGCUUAAAAGGAAAUUAGCUUAACAGAUGGGUUUUUCCGAAAUGCAUUUCAGCAGAAGUGGAUCUUGGAAGUAGGACAAACCUAAAUAUGAAGCAAAUGGGCCACUUCCAUUUAUAGAUGGUAUACUGCAGACCAAAAUGGUUCUGUCUUUCUUUUCAUCGAGCUUUAUUGGCAGUUGUUUCAUGAUUUUCUUAUGAUUAACUGGAGAUUAACUUACAGAUUUUGAAAUUUAUUGGUAAAAA